GAAUAGGAUUUCAAACUGCUCUUAAUUUGGCAUCCAGGGGGUGCAAAGUUAUAAUCGCUGACAAAAAUGUGAGUGAAGACAUUAGAGACAAGCUGAUCAGGGAAACGGGGAACCAAAACAUAUCUCUAGAAUUUGUGGACCUGAUAUCUUUCAGUUCCGUGAGGAGAUUGGCUGAAAAACUGAAGAAAUCAGAAAAAAAGUUGGAUAUUCUAAUUAACAAUGCUGGAACAGGCAAGGGGCCCGAUGCUCUAACUGAAGAUGGUUUGAAUUCCACAAUACAGAUAAAUCAUUACAGUUCGUUUCUCCUGACUCAUUUACUUGUUGAUCUGCUGAAAAAAUCAUCAUCUGGUAGAAUCGUCUUCACGAGUUCGGCUUUAUCACACUUCCACAACUUCUCUUCAGAUGAUGCAAAAAAUGGAAAAAUCAAAGAGAAGAUGAAAAUAUUUGAUUACAACAAUUCCAAAUUCAUGCAGAUAUUGGUGUCCGAUAUUUUCGCCAUGAAGCUGAAAAAAUUCAAUAUAACUUCCAACGCUUAUCAUCCCGGAAUUGUGAACACGGGAAUAAUAAACCAAGCCGUCAGGGACGCUCGAGGACUAUGGGAGAGUCUACUGGUGUAUUUCCUGCUAUGUCUCUUAUUUCUAUAUGGGAAGACACCAGAAGAAGGAGCACAAACUGCUAUUCAUCUAGCAAUUUCUAAAGAUGUUGAAGGUGUAACUGGAAAAUACUUUGGAGAAACAACACCUACUCCAAAGCCAAGAGGAGCUUAUAACAAAGCCUUUUGCGAAGGAAUAUGGAACGCUUCCGAAGUGGUGGUAAAAUUAAGACCAGAAGAGAAAUUGUGAAUUGUUGAAUAAGUUUAUAAUUAAAUUGAAUUUAACUGUAUCUCAUAUUCCA